UAUUCUCCUUGCAGUACACAUACCCUAAAUGUCCCAAACCAGUAUGUAUCAAAGAUAUGGACCCGGAGCAAAACACAGUUGAGGAUCUGAUGUUACGAAUCUGUUAUCUUGAAAAUGUUGGGAACAACAAAGGAGUCUGUCUCUACUCGGCGGAUGGGAUGCCCCUGACAGACGACCCCUUCUUCAACACAUGGUCUUUGAAGGACAGACAUCUAGCAAAUGGUGCCAUGAUCUAUGCUAUAUUCACACCGAAAGAAAACCUAAAAGUGGCUCCUCAAAUGCCAAAGCAAGAGUAUGAUGAGAUGGAUGGAACGGAUAUCAUUCGAUGCCACAUCAUGCUCAAGGGACACUUUGAGCUGAUGGUAGACUUUGAAAGUGACACAAUAGAGACUGUCAAACUCAAGCUGUCCAUUGCAAGUGGAGUCCCAGCACAUGUUUUACAUCAAAGAGGUAAAUACUCCAGUGGUGACACACUGAAACAAUGUGGAAUCUCUGAAGGCUCCACAGUUUCUUUUGCUUUGUCCUCUUUUCCUGUGGAGAUGUCACUUGAGACUUUCUACAUUAAUGACGUUGUGCCUUCGACGUUGCAAACCCUGAAAGGAAUCAGUGUGUUCUUGUCUUCAUUUUCUGCCAUUACUACCAUUCCAAGUUCAAGACGCAAUAAACUGAUUUCCUAUAUACGGAAACUGACUGGAUGUAACCCACUCGCCCAGAGUUUGCAUCAGUUACUCUGCAGGAAUGAACAGCUGACGAGGAACCAGAAGAUAGCUGUUAUUGAGGGCUUGUACAUGCUCUUCAGAGAGCUUUUGCCUCAACAAGGAUCAAAGCGAGGGGAAAAAUACAUCGAUGACCUAUAUGUGUUUGAGAACUCACUGUACUGCUGGGCACACCUCCUGAGCAAAAUAAAGAAACAGUGUCAAACAGUGGAGCACGAAGUCUACGCUCCAAUUACCCUUCUGUCUGAAAAUGGUAACCACUUCUGUGAACCUGUCAGAGUACCGGGAGUACCAGCUGUCUUAGAACGUGCUGAUGUCCUCCAGAAAAUCAAAGAGUAG